CUUGGCGGGAUAAUUUGAGAAAAAGAGAAGGAAGAGAGCGAAGAGGCGCGCCAGGGCCGUCUCAGUUGCGUUCCGACGGAUACGCCACUGCCUAUUGUCAUGACUUCAAAACGGAAAUUGUCCAAAUCUGCUGCCUUUGGGGAAAAUCUGAUAGAAGAAUUACCAAAAACAAAGAAGCCUCGGGUCUCUAGUAAGAAAAAACCCAUUCCCCAAAAUGAAGUUGUGAGCAACAGUGUUUUUGGGCAACUCCUAAAGACAGCGGGGAUUACACUGAAAGCUGGAGAAAGCCAGAAUGAAAUAGCUGUGGAUGGAGCAAUUUUCCAGAAGAAAUUGAAUCAAGCCUUGAGAAAGCACCCUUCUUAUCCACAGAUCAUCGAAGAGUUAAUCAGUGGUUUGGAAUGCCACAUCGAAAACAGAGAUCAGUUCAGGAACUGUCUUCUCCCGUGCAUACCUUUACAAACUCAGGACACAAGUAAUGCCAUCCACUCAUAUUGCGAAAGCCUCAUUAAGCUGCUCCUUGGAAUUGAGAUAUUACAGCCUGCUGUAAUAAGACUAUUAUUUGAAAAACUCCCUGAAUUUUUUCAUGAAAGUGUGGGCAGCGAUGGACUCAAUUUGCCCCGGCUCAUUGUCAAUCAGUUAAAAUGGCUUGACAGGAUAGUUGACAGCAAGGAUCUUGUAUCAACAAUCAUGCAGAUGAUUUGUGUUUCUCCUCCACCAAUCCAACAUGACAUUAUCAUAAGUUUGCCAGAAAUCCUGGAAGAUUCCCAACAUAGUGAAAUUGCCAGAGAGCUUGGUUCCUUGCUAAAAGAGAAGACUGAGCUAACUGUUCCAAUCCUGGAUGCUCUUUCCAGUUUGAACCUUGACCUGGGACUUCUGUCUGAGGUGCGCCAGUCUGUCAUGAUAACAGUGGCUGCUGUGAAAGUGGAAGAUUUGCCUGUAGUAGUUAAAUUUAUUCUCCGUUCCAUCAAGGCCACUGAUGCAGUAGAGGUAAUUUCUGACCUUCGUAAGAAGUUGGACCUGGACUCGUGUGUUUCACUUCCACACAUUCAGGCUUCUCAAAGCAAGCUCAGAAGUCAGCCUCAGGCAAGUCUGUCUGCAAGCCAAGUGAGCAUUAACCAGGACUGUGUCAAGCUCCUUUUUGAAGUUAUAAAGUCAGCUGUUAAAUUCCAGAAGACCAUUUUAGAAGGCUGGGUUAAGGCUAUUGAGAACGUUUCAUCUGCCUCUGACCAUAAGGUUUUGGAUCUGAUAGUGCUGCUGAUAAUCUGUGCUACAAAUGCCAAGAGCAAGAAACAAAUUGAGAGAGUGCUGAAGAGCAAGAUUCGGGCAGGGUAUAUGCGAGAGCAGUUGCUACGGAAUGCCUUCCGAUACCACUCACUGGUUAUGAGAGACCUCUUUCCGGCCAUCCUGUCACUGGCUGAGAGCUUUGUACACUCGGCAGAUCCCAGUAUUGUCUCUUUUGGCAGCUGUCUCUACAAGCAGGCAUUCACAGCCUUUGAUGCUUAUUGCCAGCAGGAGAUUGUAGGUGCUUUGGUUACUCAUGCAUGUGGUGGCAAUGAUAUUGAAGUGGAUGUCUCCCUGGAUAUGUUCAAUGACCUGGUGUCUCUUCAUACCUCAUCCGUUGUUCCAUAUGCUGUCUUUCUGAAGAGUAUUUUAGACUAUAUGGAUAAUCUAAGUCCACAACAAAUCCGGAAGCUAUUCCACAUUCUUAGCAUGCUGGCAUUCAGCCAUGGGCACAAGAGCAGCCACAUUCAGGACGACAUGCACAUGGUCAUUAGAAAGCAACUCUCCAGCACUAUUCCCAAGUACAGGCGCAUUGGGAUUAUUGGUGCCGUUACUGUGGUGGGCAGCAUGGCAGCCAAGAGGAGUAAAGAAAAUGGGCAGCUACUAGAACGGGCAGAGCUGAGCAAAGAGCAACGUAGACAGGUUAUAUCUUUGCUGGAGCUGGUGUGCUCCUGCUGUGGGCAGGUUCCCCAGGCCUUGGCUCUGUACUACGAUGAACUUGCCAGCUUGAUUCAGAAAAGAAACCUGGAUUUGCAGAUCCUGGAAUGGAUCUCGAACAGUGUGGAGAAGGACUUUGAGAGAGAUUUUGUGACAGACCAUACAGAGAAUAGUGCGUUCCUGUACAGUUUGGAAGAUGAAAGUGAGGGAACAAUUGCUAUUAACUUGUUUCCAGUGCUGUCCCAGAGUUGUCUGAGCAAGAAUGCGGAUGACAUAGCAGCUACAAGCAAGGACAAAAGGCUAGUGUCUCCCAUGUGGUUGUCACCAUUCUUCCGGCUGCUGAGGCUCUGUGUGUCAGAAAUGAACGAUGGGAAUAUGGAGGAUAUCGAUGCCCUGUUAGGGUGUCCUUUAUACCUGACCAAUUUGGAAGUGGGAGGAAAGUUAGACUCCUUGUCGAAGCAAGAGCGUGAAUUCCUUUGUUCACUCUUAUUUUAUGCACUUAACUGGUUCCGUGAGGUUGUGAAUGCCUUCUGCCAAGAAAAACAGCCUGAGAUAAAAGAAAGAGUUUUGCUUCGGUUACAUAACAUUACAGAGUUACAGGGUCUACUGGAAAAAUGCCUAGCAGUAAGUCCGGGGUAUGUUCCUCCUCUUGCUAAUUUUGAUUCUGAAGCACUGGAAGGAGUACCUAUUAUCCAUAAUGCUGCCACCAAAAAGAAGAGCAAAGGACAAAAAAAACAAAAAUCUGAAGGCAGCAAGAAUAGCUCUGCAGAUAAUUCACAGCUGGAUGAAAACACAGACACCAAUCAGCCUGAAGCAGACAUCAGUCAGCCAGAAAAGGAUUGCCCUGAAAAAGAACCAGGAGCCCCUUUGAUACAACUGCAGAGUUACAGUGCCUAUUUCCGUGAAUUAGACUUUGAGGUUUUUAACAUCCUUCACAGUGGGCUGCUGAUCAAAUCUAUUCUGGACACGGAAAUGCAGACAAAGACCCGUGAGAUAGUGCAAAUAGGGCCAGCUGAGCUCCUGUUCCUUUUGGAAGAUCUGUGCCGUAAACUGGAACACGUAUUGAUUCCAGCCCCUGCAAGAAGAGCCCCUUUCUUAAAGGGAAAAGGAAACAAAAAUGUUGGAUUCUCACAUCUUUGUCAAAGAUCAUCUCAAGAAGUGAUUGAAUGUGCCAUUGAUCUCUUAAAGCCGCUAUGCAGCCACAUGGAAAAUAUGCACAACUACUUCCAGGCAAUGAUUGCGGAAAACCAUGGUGUGGUUGAUGGGCCGGGGGUCAACAUUCAGGAACACAAGCUAAUGUCAUCCUGUUACCAGCGGUUACUGCAAGUCUUUCAUCUUCUGUUUGCUUGGAGUGGAUUUUCUCAACAUGAAAACCAUUGCUUGCUGAAAUCAGGUCUCUGUGUCCUUGCGCACAGACUGAAGCCAGGGGAGAGAGAGCUCCCUCUUGAGGAACUGCUCAGUCAGAGUUUCCAGUACUUGCUGAACUUUCAACAGAGUGUUCCCAAUAUUUACUGUGCAUUGAGUCUCACACAGCUUCUGCUGGUCAUUGCUGAAAAAUCUGUGGUCAACCUGAAAAACAAUGAAAUAGCUUCUAUCACAAAGCGUUUCCUCUGCCAAUCUUGGGUGCAGCCCAGUGGAGCUCAUCAGAAGGGCCCCCAGUUUAAUGAUGCUCUCCACACUCUCUUCUGCAUCUAUAUGGAGCACACAGAUAAUGUAUUGAAAGCUAUAGAAGACAUUUCCAGUAUUGGGAUACCAGAGUUGAUUCACUCUUCUAAAGAUGGAUACUCUUCCACGUACCCUACAUUGACCAGGAAAACUUUUCCCGUUUUCUUUCGAGUGAUGAUGGCUCAUCUAGAGAGCUCGGUCAGAAGCAUUUCUGCUGGGAGACCAUCAGAUUCCAGCCAGGUCCAACUAGAGAAGUUACUCCACUGGAACAUGGCUGUGCGGGAUUUCCACAUCCUUGUUAACCUAGUCAAGGUAUUUGACAAUAGGCCCGUGCUCAUUGUUUGCUUGAAGUAUGGUCGUCUGUUCAUGGAAACCUUCCUGAAGCUUGGCAUGCCCCUCCUGGACUGCAGCUUUAAAAAGCACAGGGAGGAUGUGCAGAGCUUGUUGAAAACCUUGCAGCUGAGCACCAGACAACUUCACCACAUGUGUGGCCACUCCAAGAUUCAUCAAGACACAGGACUCACAAGCCAUGUGCCUCUACUAAAGAAGUCCCUUGAGCUAUUUGUAUACCGUGUGAAAGCAAUGCUGGCUCUCAAUCACUGUCAGGAAGCUUUCUGGUUGGGCGUCCUCAAAAAUCGGGACCUGCAGGGAGAAGAGAUCCUUUCACAGGCAUCCCAAACAAGCGAGAUAGAGGAGGAGGAGGUUUCCUUGCUCCAAAGAGAGGAUCCUAUAGAGGAGGAGGAGGAAGAUUCAGAGAGUGAAGGUCGGAAGGAUCCCAAAGAUAGUGAUGAAGACAGCUCUGAUUAGAAUGGAUUAUAUUGUUGGGUUAAUGCUUCACGGAAGUUGCAAGAUGAUGCAAACAAAGUUGAUGGGACUAUACAUGAUGAAACUUUUGCGCCCAAAUGGGUUUAUAACUUGUGUCCAGGCAGUGCUAAAGGAAGGUGAAUUCUAGCCUGAACUUUAAAAAAUGUGGUUUGAUCGUCCUUAAAUAUUCGACUCUUCAUCUCUUAAGCCCUUGCCUCCAAGUGCAUCUUCCUUUUCCUGUGUCACAUGUUUAACUCCCUAUCUACCCUUAACCUUUCUCCAGUACCCCAUGAUAUCUAAAAGCAAAACUUUUUUUAAAUUUGGGACAAUAAGUUGUUUUUAAGAAAUUUAGAGUACAGGGUUGCCAGAAGCUCUUUGCCCUUUAAUUAUGCUUAACAAAAUAUGAUUUGUGUGAAGUACAGCUGCAUUUAGGAAUUUCUACAGCUCUCAUCUUUACUGGGAAACGGUUUUAUGAUGGCCUUUUGUUGGCAGCAGAAAAACAUCCCAACAUGAUAUUUGAGAAACCGCUGUUCAUACUUAUUUGAGAUCUCAAGUGAGUAUCAGUUAAGUGCAUGGUUUGCUGAACUGGGAUAAAUUUAAAGCUUAAAAACAAGCUUGAAGUUAAGGUGGUGUUAAAAGUAUUGAACAUAUGUACUUUGGGAUUGUU